AUGGAUGCACGAGUGGCUCAUCAAUUCCCGAGCCCUGGUUACCAGUACAACCCUACGAAUCCGCCAUGGCGAAAGCUUCUGUGGGUGAAGCAAAACUACCCUGACAACUAUGUGGAUAGCACCUUCCUUGAUGAGCUGCAAAAGAAUGUCAACGUUCGUACCUAUGAUUAUUGGAAGAUGGUCUAUGAGUCAGGUGUCAUAACGCAACAUAUCAGCAGCGUGGUGAUCUUUAUUGCUGUUUUCAUCUACUUGCAAAUGGGUGCUUUGGUGGCCAACCACUUGAUAUGGACCGGAUCUUUCAUGACAGGGAUUGGUUAUGUGAUUUGGGACUUGGUGAUGAUCCAACAAACGGCUCCUCAUCGAGGGUUUGAACGUAAACGCGUCGCCAAGAGUGCUGUUUUCUUUUUUGCAACGUUGCUCGGUCUCUCUCCCAUCCUCAAGACAUUAACCAGUCAAACAAGCGAUGAUACGAUUUGGGCAUUGACAGUGUGCUGCUUCUUGGCCAAUGUCUUGUUUCAUGAUUAUGGAUCACAAAGUCGAGCGCGUGUAAAGAUCCCAGGUUCAUUAUCAACGAAUGCAGCCAUAUUUGCUUCGGUCCUUUUGGCAUCACGAUUUGACACCAACCUUGACGUCUUUAGCCUACUUUCAUUUGCAGUGGAAUGGUUUGCAUUAUUUCCCAUUUUCAGGCGGUACCUGCAGGACAUGAAUCCCAAAGUUCAAAUCAUGCUGACCAUUCUCAUGCUUCUUACCUCUGUCGCCAUGUUCAUUCGCAUCUCCAAAGCCGUCGUUUUCUUAUACAUCCUCAGUUUUUGUUUUAUUACCUUCAUAUGUCCUUGGUGGUUGAUUUUCAUUCAAAAGUACAAAAAUGAAAUCCAUGGUCCAUGGGACGAAGCUCGACCUCGAUUGCAGCGUUCAAGAAAGAAUCUCUAUCGCAAGCGAGCCAGCAGCUAA